AUGCAUCUCCUCGGUCACCACCUCCCCGAGCACAAGGCGCUCAAGGUCGCCCUCACGGCCUUCUACGGCGUCAACCAGGCCGUGGCGGCCCGCCUCCUUGCGCGUCUGCAGAUCCCCGAGCGCGCGCGCGUCUCCAGCCUUACUGAGACGCAGGUAACUGCGCUCUCUGCGUAUCUCUCUUCGCCGACGUCCUCGGCGGCGCCGGGUCCCACACCCGUGGCUAUCGAGAGCGGCGCGCAGAUGCCAAACGCGCGCGGCAAGGGCAAGGAGGCCAGCGACCCGCUCAACACGCUCCUCAUCGAGACUGACCUGCGCCGCCAGCGUCAGGCCGACAUCCUCCACCACCGCCAGAUUGGGACGUACCGUGGCCGUCGUCAUGCCAUGGGCCUGCCAGUCCGCGGACAGAACACGCGUAACAAUGCCUCGACUGCCAAGAGGCUCAACUCGGUCAACCGCAAGGCUUUCUCGACUCAGAUCUCGGCACCCCUCUUCAACGCCCCCGUACCUCAGCCCCCUUCCAACAUCCUCACGUUGCUUGGCCGGCAAUAG